AUGGGGAUAUCCAGUAAGACGAUUCUGGCAAUGCUCGGUGCUUCGUUAGGGUGGACGACGGCCUUGGUCGUGGACGUACCUCACCGUCCCUGGUCGACGAGCUCCCGGACGCGAAGUACCAGUGCGAUCGGCAACGGCAACGGCGACAUGGACUACGAUUCGUCGGCGAGGGCGGGAGCGGACGGAUACUCGGUACUGCGACAACCUGCCUCCCGUUCCAAUUGGGACCCCAACUUGGAUCCGGAGUUCGAGGUUCCUCUUUCCUUGGAUCAAGCCCAAUCGUCCUUUCAAACACAAGACGACUAUUGGUGGAACAAUGAAGUUCAAAAGGCCAAACCGAAACAAUCAAUCCAACGAUCGUCGUCAGUCACCGCUUCCUCUGUCACGACUGCGAGCGAUCGAGAGCCUGCCAACAAUGCCAUUGCCAAACCCGAGGAUCUCGAUUUGUUUCAACGAUCUCUCGACACGCUCGAUUAUCCCCGUGUCUUACAGGCCCUGGAGGAGCAAUGCACGACGGUUCCAGCGCGACUCAUGGUUCGGCAAGCAUCCCACGAUUUGACCACCAAUGGUACCAGUACAAUCCAGUCGAAGAAAAGUAAACGCAUACCCAAAGGCUCCGAACGUGCCUUCCAACCGCUGACGGCCGACACGGUACUGGGCACACAAGAACGAUACCGAGCAGUGCAAGAACUGGAAUGGAUCCUCCAAGGUGGAUCGGGACAGAUUAAUUUGGCCGACUACAGUUACCGCAAUCGCAAAAGCUACAAGGAAACCCUGGCGGGCAAACCACCACCGCUCGGCGGGAACGCGUUCGAUUUACUGGCCAUUCUCGCCGUGGCUGAACAGGGCAAAGUACUCGAAGGGGAAGAAAUAUUUGACGUGUCCCAAAUGCUUGAUCGUAUGCAAGAUGUACGGUUGUGGAGCGACGACGGUCUCCUGAACGUGAAUCGACUGCAACAGGACAUUGAAUUUGUUGAAUUGCCCAAACUAGCGUCCUGCAUCCAAGUCAAUACGACUCUCCAAGAUUUGCUGCACAACGCCUUUGACAAGGACGAUCGAUUGAGCGGCACGACAUUUCCAGUACUGGGUCGUUUGCGUGCCCGGGUACGAUCCUUAAAAGCCGACAUUAUGGGAACGCUCGAUAGCUUGUUGGCCUUGCCCUCCAUCAAGAACAAACUGGCGUUGGAAAGCGGCGGUCCGAUCUAUUCCGAAGUCAACGGUGGUCGCCUAGUACUGCCCGUGGCACAAAAGUAUGCCUCCUCCGUAGGCAUCGUCCACGAUACGUCUCGCUCGGGCAAAACCGUAUACGUGGAACCGACGGAGCUCGUGGGACCAACCAACGAAUUGCGACAAGCCGAAGGUGAACUGCGGGCCGAAGAAGCCCGUGUGUGGCGGUCCUUGACGGAGCAAAUAUUGAAAAAUCAAAUCGUGUUGGAAACCUCGGUUCGAGCGAUCGGACAGCUGGAUCUUGUCAUGGCCCGACUCUUGCUGGGACGCAAACUGUCCGGCACCAUUCCUGUUGUACAAGACGAAGGAGUUAUUCAACUGCGUAACGCCAAGCAUCCCGUAUUGUUACUGCGGCAAGUCAAGAAUGUGGUCGGUAGUGACGUGGAUCUGGGGGCCGACGGCAACCAAGGUUUGGUGUUGACGGGGCCCAACUCGGGUGGAAAAACGGUGAUUCUCAAACUGCUCGGUCUCAUGGCACUCAUGUCUCGCGGUGGUAUACCCGUGCCGGCCGAUCGGCCACGGGUCGCAGUCGGAGCCAAGUCCUACGGCGACGAGUACGAUAGCAACAACGACGAAUUCCAACCCCGCAUUGACUUUUUCAAUCCUGUCCUUGCCGAUAUUGGUGACAUUCAAAGCGUCGGCGGCGACCUGUCAACCUUUUCCGGCCACAUGCUCGUUUGCCGUGAAGUCCUGGCCAAUUCGGGCCGCAACGCUCUGGUUCUCAUGGAUGAGCUGGGGAGCGGCACAGAUCCGGCUCAGGGUGUUGCGAUUGCGCAGGCUUUGCUGGAAGCUAUUUUGGAGACGGGCGCUCGCGUGGCCAUUACGACGCAUUAUAUGCAAUUGAAGCAGCUGGCCGCGUCCGACGACCGUUUUUCCGUCGCGGGGAUGCAGUUUGUCCAGGGUCGGCCCACGUACAAGCUGCUUCCCGGCACCGUGGGUGAAUCGUUCGCCUUGGCCGUCGCGGAACGCCUCAACCUGCCCCAAAGUGUCAUUGACCGAGCGGAGGCCUUGAUGGACUCAGAAACCAGACAAUUGGGCGACUUGAUUCGCGAACUGGAAGACCAAAAGGGUUUGGUAGAUCAGCAAGUGUUGGAGCUGGAGGAGAAACGCCAAGAAAUCGGCAAGAUGCGGUUUGAACUGAAGGAACAAGGACUCCGACUCGAAAAGAAGCAGCUUACGGUACGGCGCGAAGAAGCACGCAAGUUUGCGAAAAAGCUGGAAGAAAAGGAACAAGUAUUGGAAAAUGUUCUAGAGAAACUCAAAGCGGAUCCCACCCGUCGGGUCUUGGCCAAGAGCUGGGACGAUAUCAAGUUCGUCAAACGAGACGCCUUGAACGAAGCUGAGAAUAUUCCCAGCAUCGUUGCACGUAAAAAGAAAGCCAACGCCGUGCUCGCAGCGGAACAAGGCGAGCUGAUUCCCAUUGCGGAACUUCGCGAGCGCCCCGAGCUCAAGGAGGGUGACAAGGUAAUUGUUUGCAAACAGGGUCCCGUCUUUGGCCGAGAAGCAACGAUCGUUAAGUCUCUCGGUAGUCGAGUAGAAGUGUUGGUGAACAAUAUGAAUGUAGGCCUCAAACUGACACAAGUCGCGCUGCCCACCGCAUCCUUUCGAUCCACCUCGGGUCCCGCAAACACAUGGGGCGACGGCCGCCUGUCCAUUGGCCGAGCGGCGGAACGAGCGCUGGCAACGGAACGCUGUGCGGGACCAUCAACGUCAUCAUCGUCGUCCUCCGAUACCGUUGCCGUGUCGGCUCCGUCUAAAUCCCGAGGAGUCACGAUGCGCACCACAUCCAACACUGUCGACGUGCGCGGUUGCAAUUUGGAAGAAGCCAAGGACCGCAUCCGGUCCGCGUUCAGCGCGAGCUUACUGGCGGGCCGAUCCGUGGUUUACGUACUGCACGGCCACGGAACGGGUGGGGUUUUAAAAAGCAAACUGCGGCAGUGGUUGCCCAAGGAGAAGACACUGGUGGAUUCCUUCCAAGGAGCCGAUGCGGCGGACGGUGGCGACGCCUUUACCCGCGUGCAGUUGCGGUAGUCCGUGCAUAGCGCCGCCAGCUGGGACUAUCUCGCCGUCCAUGAACCGCUUGGUCGACACUCUGCUAGGCAACGACUAACACGAGUUGAAGUUUGUGGUGAUUGAUAUAGUUAUUCUGCGCACAGAAAGCAUUGUUGGUCCCGGAACGGGCCCGACGGCUGGUACAGGAGCGCCUCGAGCAGCACGGUGUGGCAGGCACCAUCCGUUGUCGCCAUGGGUGCGGUAUCGCGACCAACCGACAAACUGGCUUACUGUAAAUCAUGGAAAUAUGCAGAGC